UUUCACAGGCGAGCCAUGGGAGAUGUGUUUUUGGUGUGUUUGCUAACGAGCAGCACUGCCGGAGAGAAUAGGGUCACUACCACCACCACCACCAGCACCACCUUUCCAUCCGUUUGUUUAAAACGCUUGCCCCUUGCUAUACGCAACUGCGCUAGCGAACGCAACUGAUUUCUUAUCGCAGGCUAGGCACGAAAAAACAACCAUAACGCGCCAUCGUAAUGAAGAGAUCGACACACAAAUGGAGGUGUGCCAGAAGAAAGGGAGGCGCGCCCGGAGGAACAGCCCGGUGGCGGGGCCGGCAAAGGCGACAAAGCGUGUUAGGCGCUUAUCAAGCAAUUCCUUUAUGAAUGAGCGCUCUUGCUAACCCAAGUGCACCGAAGCCAGCAGCAGAAGCAGCAGCAGCAGCAAGUGUGGGGUGUGCCUGUACCCACAGUAGAACGAUCGGCGGCGUUGCUGACUUUUGCCGCCGGGUACUACCGAUAACAGAUAAAACCGUUUUUUUUUUGUCGUUCGCGCACGCCCGUGAUUCGAUCGAGCAAUUGAAGCUUUGGGGAAUUAAACUGGAAACCCAUCCACAGGAGGGAAGAACAUGCCCUUCCCUGGUAGUGACACAGCAGGGAGCAUCAGAAGAUUGCAUCAUUUCAGGCAACACACAUCCGUCGACUGCGAACUGUGCUGCAACGAACGCAAGUGAUAUUUUGGAAAAUCUUGCCUGGGCGACGGUGCAGCUGCACUGCUACUGCAACGCCUCGUUCAACGAGAAAGCUCCGCAUGAUGCUGCCGCGAACAGAAACGUUGGCGGCAGCACGUCGCUAAACGCCAGCAACCAGCUCAAGGGAGAGGUGCUGCACUCCACCGAACCGAAGAUACUGUUCUGCGAUCUGCGCCUGUCCCCGGGAGAAGCAAAACAAUUUUUGUAUCGUGAAACCGUGCCACUGAAUACGCCGCCCACGUACCGCGGAAUUCGCGUAAAGUAUUACUACAAAAUCACGGUUGCCACGCAACGGCUAGGCUCAACCGUGCAGGCGCUAAACAUUCCGAUCCGUGUGCUGCCGCUACCGCUGCCCCAGAGCGAUCUCGACGAAGCGAUCACGCUGAACGAUGAGUCGAACGAAGAUCUGGCACCGAAUAACCCGUUCCUGGAGAAGAAGCGGCCGCCGUCACGCAUCGAGUACGCGCUACACUACUUGCGCGGCGUGACCGCACGCCGCCGGCCAAACUUCUUCAUGAUCAACAACAAAUGGGGCAAGGUGGGCCGGUUCUGUCUGUUCAAGUCGGCGUACAAGCUAGGCGAGGACAUCGUGGCCACGAUCGAUUUUAGCUGCGGUACGAUCAAGUGUGUGCAGCUUUCCGUCACGUUGCAGUGCGAAGAAACGGAGCUGUUGCACGGUGCCGUCUCACCGCCGAGCGGUACGCCCAGUGCAAAGGAAGACUCGAAAGGGGCGGACAGUGCCGAUGUUGCCUCGAGCACCGCCGAGGGUGCGAACGAGCCGGAACGGCCGAAGAACAUUUCCCGCGUGACCAACUACAGCAAGCAUCACGAAGUGUGCCUGGGCAUGCUGCAGACGCAAGUGAUCCUGCCCAUCCCGCUGCACGUCACUCCCACCUUCCGGACGGAGCUGAUCGAGGUCAGCUGGCGGUUACACUUUCAGUUCGUGACCAGCACGAACGCGGAGCUGAGCAGCGAGAUGCUGCUCGAUCGCACCGCCGAAAGCGAGGAAGGGCUGGAGUGGGUCGCACCGACGGACAUUGCGAUCGAGACGAUGAUCUGGAGCCUUCCGAUUACGAUCUACCCGACGGCACCGCUGCAAAUACCGCAGCCCUGUGGGGAGUACAAGCUAAACAUUAAGUAGCGUUCUGUGCCGGCUGCCGUGCAAUAAACCAAGUCCUUUUCUGUGGCGCUGGAA